AUGAUUGCUGAUGACGUACAUGUACAUGAAAAGGACUUGAAGGGAAUUAAAGGUUAUCAAGAUGGCCUCGUACAAAAAAGGGAAUCUAAAGUAAAUAGCGAGGCAUUGCACAGAGAUCGUCCGAGACGACCUCUUCUAGAGGGUGUCGUCUCUGAGGACCCUCGAAGUGAGGUUAGCCUGCUGGGACAAGUGUUUGCAACAAUUCAAAAGGAGUACAAUCUUGACGAGCGGAUAUGGUUAAUGAUCUCAGUGUCUGAAUGCUGUGCUAAAAAGCGUGAAGUGCAGGGCCGUGAUAAAAAGCGCGAAAGCCCAGAACACAACCCCCGUAACAUCGUGAGAUUAUGCCGUCGUGAAUGUACCACUCAUAACUGGAAACGUCUCGUGAGAAACUGGCUAUACGGCCGUCUAUGUGCAACCCUCAAUUGUCUUGUCUGCCCAGCUGGCGAAGAGGGCGGAUGUACUAUCCCAGGGCGUUCUACAUGA